CAAUUCAGUUCGGUUCGGUUCAGUACAAUACAAUACGUUUGAGUACAAUUCAGUUCUGCUCCAAGCAUAGCGUCACCGAAGUUGAGCGAGACGAGCAUGCGCACUGGCACUUCGCCUCUUUUCUCCCUGCCUCUGGCCGCCUUCCCGCCUCAAAGCGACUCGGAACAAAUGUGAACAUUUCAAACAAAAACACCGGCUCAUCUGUCGCGCUCGCUCUCGUCUCGUCUACGGGGAACCAUGGCGGUGAACUUCGGUAAAAUUGUCGUAGGCAUUUACGUAGAGAUAAAACGGAGUGACGGACGAAUACAUCAGGCCAUGGUAACGUCUUUAAAUGAAGAUAACGAAAGUGUUACUGUUGAGUGGAUCGAAAAUGGAGACACAAAAGGAAAAGAGAUUGAUCUAGAGUGUAUAUUUUCACUAAACCCAGAUGUUGCUCUAGAGGAGGAGAUAUCUCUGAGCCCUGUAACACCACCUCCACCCACCCCAACUUCUAUGAAGGUCAACAAGUUACCCAAAAAUCGAAGGACAAUUGCUCCUGGAAGGGCUGAGGUCCCAUCCAGAGACAAUAGAGUUGGAUCAACUCGGGCGCGUCCUGCCCAGCAGCAGCCAGAGCCAGCACUCCCUCCACCUGCUCAGCAACCAGCCCAAACUUUACAGUCCCAAACACAACAGAGCCAACAACAGCAGCAGAAUGCAAGGAGGAAGUCCAACUGCGUGAAGGAGGUGGAGAAACUGCAGGAGAAGAGAGAGAGGCGGCGACUGCAGCAGCAAGAGCUAAGGGAGAAGAGAGCGCAGGAGGUGGACACGACAAUCCCCAAUUAUGAAAUAAUGCAGAUGAUCAGAGACUUUAGGGCAAGCCUGGAUUACAGACCAUUAACCACAGCUGACUUGAUUGAAGAUCACCGAAUAUGUGUUUGUGUGAGGAAACGCCCUCUUAACAAAAAAGAAUCUACUGCAAAGGAGCUAGAUGUUAUCACCAUCCCAAGUAAAGAUGUCGUCAUGGUCCACGAGCCUAAGCAGAAAGUGGACCUCACCAGGUACCUAGAGAAUCAAACCUUCCGGUUCGAUUAUGCCUUUGAUGAAAGUUCGGCGAAUGAAAUGGUUUACAGGUUUACAGCAAGACCAUUGGUGGAAACCAUCUUCGAUAGAGGAAUGGCUACAUGCUUUGCAUAUGGCCAAACUGGAAGUGGAAAAACACAUACCAUGGGUGGAGAUUUUUCAGGAAAGAACCAGGACUGUUCAAAAGGAAUCUAUGCAUUAGCUGCUCGUGAUGUUUUUCUCAUGCUUAAGAAGCCCAACUACAAGAAGAUGGAUCUUCAAGUUUAUGCAACUUUUUUUGAAAUUUACAGUGGAAAGGUGUUUGACUUGCUGAACCGUAAAGCAAAGCUGCGUGUACUUGAAGACGGGAAACAGCAGGUGCAAGUGGUUGGGCUGCAGGAGAGGGAGGUCAGAUGCACUGAAGAUGUCCUUAAGCUUAUUGAGGUUGGAAAUAGCUGCAGAACGUCAGGACAGACCUCUGCCAACGCUCACUCGUCCCGCAGCCAUGCUGUCUUCCAAAUUAUUCUACGCAGGAAGGGGAAGAUGCAUGGAAAGUUUUCAUUGAUUGAUCUGGCAGGGAAUGAGCGUGGUGCUGAUACAUCCAGCGCUGAUCGGCAGACAAGACUGGAGGGAGCAGAGAUCAACAAGAGUCUGCUUGCACUGAAGGAGUGUAUCAGAGCCCUGGGACGGAACAAACCACACACACCGUUCAGAGCCAGCAAACUUACACAAGUUCUUAGAGACUCAUUCAUCGGAGAGAACUCAAGGACAUGCAUGAUUGCCACCAUCUCUCCUGGAAUGGCUUCCUGUGAAAACACUUUGAACACACUACGAUAUGCCAACAGAGUAAAGGAGUUCGGGAUUAGUCCCUCAGAUAUCCCGUUUUCUCAGGGAGGAAGUCGCUCUGGGCUCUCUCCUACUUGCGAAGUGAAGGAGCUGACUGUGGACCCAAACGCCAUGGCUGAAGGAGUCCGAGCCAACAUUAAUGCUAUCACCCAGCUGGACAUUAUGGAAGAGGAGUGGGAUUUGAGCUGCUCCCCUCAGAGAGAUGACCUCAAGCUACUCUGUGAACAGAAUGAAGAGGAAGUGUCUCCACAGCUGUUCACCUUUCAUGAGGUGGUGUCCCAGCUGGUAGAGAUGGAGGAGCAGGUCUUGGAGGAUCACCGAGUAGUGUUACAGGAGUCGAUUAGGUGGCUGGAGGAUGAGAAGAUUCUGCUGGAGAUGACUGAGGAAGUGGAUUAUGAUGUCGACUCCUACUCCACCCAGCUCCAGCAGAUACUUGACCAGAAGAUUGAUGUCCUGAUUGAACUCCGAGAUAAAGUGAGGUCAUUCCGCUCAGCCUUGCAGGAAGAGGAACAAGCGAGUAAGCAGAUCAAUCCCAAGAGGCCUCGGGCUCUGUAAACUGGGACUAAGGUCUCAGGCACAAGCAUAAUGGCUAGACACUUGGCAAAGUUGCAGCAGUUUCAGCAAAAUACCAAAUAACUGUAAUGUCUGUCCGUGCUAUACGACUUGCUAGUGUCCAGCAGAGUUUCUCUGAAUAUGAAUGUGUCUGUUUGACUCACAUAUGAAAUAUUCAAAACAUUAGCUCAUUGCAUUGAUGUACUGCCCUGCUUUAAGUGGACUGCUGAUCUUCAAGCAAUGUCUGUCAGAAGCUGCAACCGUGCCCAUCUACUAAUAAAACAUCUCAUACAAAAUUA